AUGCCUGAAGGCGCGAAGUCGAAGAAGAACAAGAAGAACAAGGCUGCCGCGAAGGCAAAGGAAGAAGUAGGAAACAAGAAUACAGAAAAUGGACACCUAGAAGAGAAUAUGGAAAACCAAUCUGAUGAAGAGGCACCGGAGUCGAAUCCACAGGGCACGCCAGCCGCUUCGAUAAACGGGAAAUCUGUCAGCAAUAUAGCGACCGAAAGAACUGCGAGCAACGAAGACGACGACUCCGAUGGAGAGUCUGCCGCUACGACCAAGAAUGAUACCCAGCAGCAGGCCAAAAGCGACGCUGAACCGCCGGCGCUGGAUGCACAAUCCAAAGACCGCUUCGAUGCCCUUGUUCGAGAUCGUGAUUCAUUGCGGGCAGAGGUGACUGGCAUGCGCAAGUCCUUGGAGGAAAUACAAUCCAGACAUCGGGAAGACAUGGAAGCACUACGACAGAGGGUAGAUGAUGCCGAGAGUAAGAAAGGACAGGCGGAAACACAAUACCAGAAAUUACUGGAGAGGGUCAAUACGAUUAAGGCCCAAUUGGGGGAAAGACUCAAGGAGGAUGCUGAGGAAAUCGCCCAGGCAAGGUCACAAAUUGAAGAUCUCGAGGGGCAGAACUCGAGCCUCACAACUGAAUUGGAUUCCAAAUCCUCGGAACUCGCUGAGAUCGCGAAGGAAAACGAAGAAAAGGCUAUAGAAAUAGCCACCUUGCGAGAUCGAACAAACCUGUCCCAGCAAAACUGGUUGAAAGAGAAAGAUGAACUCCUCGAACAGGAAUCGUAUAUUCAAGCUGAAUUCGAACAAGCCAAGGAGGCCAUGCAUAAUUGGGAAGUUCUUGCCAUGGAAGAACGGUCGAUAAGAGAAAGCUUGGGAGAAAAGGUCAUCGACCUCGAAGAGCAGCUGGUCAAUCUUAAAGACGCCUAUGAGAAGGCCGCAUCCGAGCUUGAUAAUCAGUCGUCGACUGUGGAUGGCUUACAACGGGCGUUGCAAGAGAUCCAAACCGCCCGAAAGCAGGAGCUUCGUGAACUCGUCGAGAGCUCUGAUGCUCAGCUAGAAGAACUACGGCAAUCUCUUCGUGAUGCAGACAACAAAUCAUCUGAAGCUGAAAAGUCCCUCCUAAUUGCCCAAGAAGAAUUGGAACGGGUGCGCCCAUUCGAGAAAGAAGUCAAAGAGAAGAACCUUCUCAUUGGCAAGCUCAGACACGAAGCUGUCACUUUGAACGAUCAUUUGACAAAAGCCUUGCGGUUCCUCAAGAAGGGAAAGCCAGAGGAUAAUGUUGAUAGACAUAUUGUCACCAACCAUUUACUGCACUUUCUUGCGCUAGAUAGAUCAGACCCUAAGAAAUUCCAGAUAUUGCAGCUUAUUGCAGCACUCCUGGGUUGGACAGAUGAGCAACGAGAACAAGCAGGUCUUGCGCGACCCGGAACAUCGAACACAUCUAACAAGCUUCGAGUCCCUGGCACUCCCGUUCGCACGCCUAGCACGCCGACGUUGGCCACAGAGUUCAUGGACAACGGCACUAGCCACAAGGAGUCGCUGGCGGAACUGUGGUCCAAUUUCCUAGAGCAAGAAUCGCAAACCGGGAAUGAAAGCGCAGCGAAAAGCGGGAAUCAAGGACAGUCAAAAUCCUAG